AGCGCUCAGCUCAGCUCUCAGCUGUCAAAUCAAAAGUGUACUUGAUGUAGAUCACAUUGUUAGGAUAUUUAUUACAAAAUGAUAAAAAAAUACGACUUUACAGCGUAGUUUUAUGCAAAUCUCAUCGCGAAAAAGGCAUGGCAGUGGUCGUGCGGCGAGCUACUCGGGCGCGGUGAGGAGCGGCGCGGGGCCAUGGCGGAGCCCGAGCCCGCGCCCGCCGGCCUCGCCGACGCCGUGCUGCUGGCGCCCCUCACUGAGGACUCAUUCUUACACAACUUGCACGUGCGCUACAAACGAGACAUCAUUUAUACGUACGUGGGCAACGCAUUGGUCUCGGUGAACCCGUGCCGCGCACUGCCGCUGUACUCGGCGGAGCUCGUGCGCACGUACCUGGCACGCCCGCCCUACCUGCUGCCGCCGCACCUAUACGCCAUAACGGCCACCGCCUACCGCUGGGUUCGUGACAGAAAUGAAAACCAGUGUAUCGUGAUAACAGGGGAGAGCGGCGCCGGCAAGACGGAGGCGGCGCGCGUGUGCCUGCAGUGCGCGGUGGUGGCGGGCGGCGGCGGCGGCGGCGCGCUGGCGGCGGCCGGCACGCUGCUCGAGGCCUUCGGCAACGCCGCCACGGCGCGCAACCACAACGCCAGCAGAUUCGGCAAACUACUCGACAUAGAAUUCGACUUUAAAGGGGAACCCGUCGGCGGACACAUCACUCACUACCUACUGGAAAAGGUAAACGAGCGCGUGUGUCGGGCGGCGGAGGGCGAGCGCAACUUCCACGUGCUGUACCAGCUGCUCGCCGGCGCCGACGCGCACCUGCUCAAGAGACUGAAGCUGCAGCGCUCGUGGGAGCAGUACCGCGUGCUGCGCGGCGGCGCGGGCUGCGCGGACGGCGGGGGCGCGGGGGCGGGCGCGUGCGCGGGCUGCGCAGAGUGCGCGGGCGCGGCGGCGGGCGCGGGCGCGGGCGGCGGCGCGUCCCCCCGCCGCGCGCCCCCGCAGCCGCCGCCCGGCCCGCGCGCGCCGCAGGCCGACCGGGACCACUUCGCGUUCACUAAGGCAGCUAUGGGCGCGCUGGGGUUCAGCGCGGGACAGUGCGGUGCCGUGCUGCGUCUGCUCGCUUUCCUGCUCAAACUGGGAAAUGUGCAGUUCGAGCCCCAACACAACAUCGAUGGCUCCAUCGGAACGCGUCUCCAACACGAGUACGAGCUGCGCGAGGCGUGCGCGCUGGUGGGCGUGGAGGCGGACGCGCUGGUGUCGGCGCUGGGGGCCGCGCCGCCGCUCGCCCCGCACGAGGACGGCGCGCCUCACGAAGCGGCCUGCUCGGUGGAGGAGGAGUGCAGCUCGGAGGCCGGGUCCGAGACGGAGGGUGCGGGAGCGGAGUGGGCCCGGGCGCUGCGCGAUCGGCUGCUGUGUGCGCUCUACUCGCGUCUCUUCACCUGGCUCGUCAACGCCGUGAACGACGCCAUCAAGCCGGCCGUGGUGGGAGCGCGGCGCUCGCUGGGCAUCCUCGACGUGUACGGCCUGGAGUCGCUGGCGCACAACGGGCUGGAGCGGCUGCUGAUCAACUACGCGGCCGAGCGCGUGCAGGCGGCGGUGACGGCGGCCACGCUGCGGCGCGAGCAGGAGGAGUACGCGCGCGAGGGGCUCGCCUGGACGCCGCUGCCCUACGCCGACCACGAGCUGUACGCGGACCUGCUGGAUGCGGGUCCGGAGAGCGUGCUGGGAACGCUGCGCGAGUGCUCGGCGCGAGGGGCCAGCGACUCCGUGUUCCUGCAGCGCUUGCAGCGGCGUCGGCACCCGCGCCUUCUGGUCCUGCCGCCUGACCGCUUUCAGGUGGUGCACUUCGGCGGCGCGGUCGUGUACAGCGCGCGCGGCGUCGUGCAGAAGAACCGCGACGCGCUGUGCCGGCGCUGCGCCGCCGUGCUGGCCGCCGCGCGCGAGCCGCUGCUGGCCGCGCUGUUCGCGCCCGGCGCCGCCGCCUACGCCGGCAGUGCGGGGUCCCCGCGGAGGCCGUGCGCUCUGGCGUGUCGGCAGCGCGCGCUCGUCGGCGCGCUCGUGCGGCGCCUGCCCCCCGCGCCGCGCCUCGUGCGCUGCCUGCGCGCCGACGCCGCGCUCCGUCCGCACCGCUUCGACGGCGCGCUCCUGCGUCACCAGAUCCGCACGCAGGGAAUCAUGGACAUGGCGUUGUUGCGUCGGGCGGGCUGGUGCGAGUCGAUGUGCGCGCGUAGCGUGGUGGCGCGGUACGGCGUGCUACGCGCGCGCGCCGGAGUCGCCGCGCCGGCUUCGCCCGUUGAGCGCGACGAGCCGGUGCGCGCGGCGCGAGCUUUGCUGCGCUCGCUGCCCAUCCCCAGCGCGGAGUUCGCCUACGGUCGCACUAAAGUUUUCAUCCGCAGUCCGAGAACGGUGUGGGAGCUGGAGGCGCUGCGCGCGGCGCGCGUGGAGGCGCUGGUGCGCGCGGCGCAGCGCGCGUGGCGCCGGCACCGCGCGCGCGCCCGCCACCGCGCCGCGCGCCGCAUCGCGCUCGCCUGGCGCCGCCACCGCCAGCGCCGCGCCGCCCCGCGCCCCGCCCCGCGCGCCUCCGAGCCCGCGGUACGUCACAUCGUUACUUAUUUAAUUUCAUUUCAUUUCAUUAGAGCACGGCACGGACGAGCACGGAGUUUAAUUCAAAAUAUGAGCAGCGAGGCGGGAGCGAGCGUGGCGGCGUGCGCGGCGGAGGGGGGCGCGGGCGGCGCGGGCGGCGCGGCGGGCGCCACGCGGGUCAUCUGGCGCGCGUGGUGCGCGCACGCGCGGCGCUGCUACCUGGCGGCGCUGUGGGCGCGGCUGCCGGCGCGGCACCGCUCGCCCGCCUGCGCCGCCUGGCCGCCGUGUCCGCAGCCGCGCCUGCUCGCCCGCACGGAUGCGCUGCUGCGCCGCCUGCACCACCGCUGGCGCUGCCACCUCUACCGUCGCGCUUUCGACCAGACCGCGAGGAAUCGUAUGCGCGAGAAAGUCACCGCGAGCGUGCUCUUCAAGGAUCGCAAACUCAACUACGCCCGGAGCGUCGGCCACCCCUUCGUCGGAGAUUAUGUGAGACUUCGGGCCUCCGCCGCCUGGCGUCGCGGGCUCGGCGCGGCCGCCGCCGACCGCUACGUCGUGUUCGCCGACGUGGUGGGCAAGGUGGCGCGCUCCAGCGGACGCGUAUCACGCUGCCUUGCCGUCGUGUCCACCGGAGCGCUGCUGCUGCUCGAGGCGCGCUCGCUGCGACUCAAGCGCCGCGUGCCCGCGCACUGCGUGUACCGCCUGUCGCUGUCGCCCUACGCCGACGACCUGCUCGUCGUGCACGUGCGCGCGUGCGGCGGGCUCGAGAGCUCCACGGAGGAGCUGUCGCAGUGCUCGUCGCGCGAGCCGCUGGACGCGCCGGGCUGCCUGUUCGGCGGGGAGGGCGCGUGGCGGCGGCGCGGCGACCUGCUCGUGCGCACAUGCCACGUGCUCGAGCUGGCCACCAAGCUGUUCCUGGUGGUGCAGAACGCCGUGGGCGCGCCGCCGCACGUGAACAUCGCCACCGAGUUCGAGGCGAACUUCGGGCAGCAGAUGGUGACGGUGUCGUUCCACGCGGUGGGCGGCGCCGCGGGCGACGGCGGCGCGCGCCUGCUGCGGCGCGGCAGCCGCAUGGACGUGCUGCUGUGAGCGGCCGGCGGACGGUUGCAUUUAUGUACCGGUGCCUGUGUUCGUCGACGACGUUAUUUGUCGCCGACUCGAGGAGUUCAGCACGACGGGUGCGCGCUCCGACCGCGCCGAGUGUUCACGUCGAGACG